AAUCUUACAGCGCUAAACAGUGCUGACGUGCAUACAAAUAUCUUUAAAUUUAAACUGCAUUUAUAAACAAAAACAUGCCUAUCAUUGUCAAAACGCGUAGCACAGGUCCGGACGAUUGGGCCAUCAUUGAGCUGCAGGGUGAUCUGGAGGUGCGCAGCAAUCAGAGCAUGCACGAUCAGUUCAUAGGUGAUCUCUACUACAACAAAUAUGGACAGCCCAUACUCAUCAUAGGCCAUCACAUACUGCAAGGUCGGGAACAGAAGCUGGACAAACCGUUUGCAGUGCUCGAGAAGUCCAAGACAAACGAGGGAGAGCAGCUGCUGAAUGUAACGAAUGCCACGCUGGAUGCAAGUGCGUUGAAUGCCACAGCAGCAGCUGAACACACUGUGCUGGAUGAAACCGUGGCGCUGGAACACAAGAGUCGCCAGCGAACCGAGUAUACAGUGAGAGCCAUCUGCACCAAGAAGUUAAUCUUCAAGUCGCGACCCAAGCCAAUCAUAGCCAAUGUGGCAAAAACAGUUUAGUUGAUUGAUAUUUAUAUGAUUGAUAUUUAAUUGAAUGCAUAGUAGUUUUUAAAGUAAAUGUAAGCAGAUUAAACGAUUUCCAUUUCACGCUCGA